AUGCCUGGUAUCCCAAACAGGAUGCUUUCCUUCAUCCGCCAUCCCAAAGAUGGUGGUGCCCAAACUGGAACCCAAAGUGGAGGGCCUGAACCAGCAUCACAGACGCAGCAGCAAAAACAGAAUCAUCAAAGGCAGCAGCCCGUACAACUCUUCCAGAACCAACAGCUUCAGGAGCAUUUCCAUCAACAGCUGCAGCAACCGCAAAAGCCGCCGCAGCAGCAGGAACAAACGCCACCACGUACCCAAGUGCAUCAUCAGCGACAGGGGUCACAUCAGCAGCUGGCAGAUGCCCACAAACUACCGGUCCCAAAGUUUGGUCUACGUCAGGCAGCAAGCCAGCCGACGGCUUCAAGCUUACCAAGGGCUCCGUCUUCAGGUCUAGCUCAAGCCCAGACUUCUCAGCACAUACGUGCAAACUCGGAUGGUGUCCGUGGACCUCCUCCGUCUGGCCGACCCCAUCACGAUACUUGGGAGGACUCUACCAUAGGGUCUCUACUUGAUAGUGAAAGGCAAUCGGAGCGCGAUCAACAGCGGAUGGUUCCCUAUGAACCUCGAGUAGACCCAGCGCCUCAACCUCGGGCACAUGCGCCUCGGACACAACCGCCAUCGUUUCAGCAUGAGCGUAAUUUUCUACCCGUAUCAACUCACAGCGGAGAACACGGUCCCUUCAUCCUGAACGAAAACGGCUAUAUCAGAAGUGUUGAUCAUUCCAAGGGAGGCAGCACAGCACUCGUCCACGGUAGCCUGCAAAACGGCAAGCGCAUCGAGGCAAACACAAUUCUAGACGAACCCUUUGCCGAUAGAUCCGACGCAGAGUCAACGCCCAGGAAGCAACUCAAGCACAGUAAGAUCGCAAUUCGUGACGCUAGAGACGUCGCUCAGAGCUACCAAGACGCUGGCCGAAGACGGUCCUACGUGGAGGCACCGAUAUUUUCUCGCCAAGAGGCGUUUCCGUCUGUCUCCCCAGAGCAUCACCAGAACGGACGUGAUAAACCCACCAGGGCCCACGCCGAUCGUCGCUCGCGAGAUAUGAGCCAUCAUCACAGAUCCACGCAGUUCUUUGAUCUGGAAACUGCACAGCAGACACCUGUGCCUCCAGAAGAUCAAAGUGACGCGGCGUCUCAAGAAGACGAGGCUCUAGCAGAACAGCGAACACCACGCCCGAGCAAGAGCAAAGCAUCUCUUGGUCUUGGAAGAGACGCAAUUGCUGGCUACCCCCCGCCUUUGACAAACAAUUGGCCUCAGACAAACGGCGUAACUUCCGUGCCUCCAGUCUCCCUCACCGCCACUAGGCAGCACAGCUUUCCUCCAUCGGCAGCCAACGGCUCUCGCCAGACCGCCGGUCCACGCGUGAAUAGCAACCGCGAGCAGCUCACUGUGACCCAUCAAAAAAAGCGUCGCCUUAGUUUGGACUACGACGAUCAGGCACUAUCCAGGAUGGAUUAUACCGAGCUUCGAAACGAAUCUUUCGAUCAUGACCCGGCUCGCUCCGCGAUCCAAAGAACCAACACACCAUCGUCGGGAGACACACUGGUUCAGAAGCUAUCUCACUAUCAGAAUCAGGAUGAGAACUCACAGCAUCACUUCUUUACCCGGCUUUCAGUGAGCGAGUGGGAUGAAUGUGGCGACUGGUUCCUGGGCAGGUUUGGCGAACUCGUGGGCGAGAUCAAAGCAGCCCGGCGAGAGAAGCGCGAAAUCGUCAGUCAUUUUGAGGGCCAGAUCUCCGCCAGAGAGCAAGCUGUGCGAAACAGGACAGAAAAGAUCGAGCAAGCCUUGACGAGUCUGAAACAUGAGGGCGAAGGUAUGAUGAAAGGGAAGGACAUCAACAUAUGA